AUGGGUCAGGAGAUAUCUGAGCUCAACAAGCCGCCGGUGGCUACUGAUGAGCCCGCUUCACUCAGCGGCCUAACGCCCUUGGAUUUCCCAUCCUCACAAGAUUACACGUCUCAGGGUUUGUCACUGGGUCACCGUCCACCGCCAACUGAUGAAGGCGGCGGCGACGACCGCGGAGAUGGUGACGGUGGUGGUGAUGGCAAUUUCCAUGGUGGGCUGGUCAUACCAGAACAAGCGUCAUUCGAUAUGGGUUACUCGUCAUCGAUGAAUCACGAGCGGUCUUCAGAGCUAGGUGGUGGUGGUGGUGCCGGUCCCAGUGUCAUGCCACACUCUCAAGAAGAACAACUACAGCAAAUCCUGCUAAGGCAUCAAGGACAGGUUCAACGUCCUCAGAGAGGAGGUGCUCAGAGGCAACAACAGCAACAACUACUCCAACAACAACAGCAACAGCAACAAGCAGCACAGGCAGUGCAUCAGCUGCUACUGCAACUGAAUCAACAAUCUCAGCAGUCCACUCGAAGAGGUGUUUCAACUCGCCCUGCCAACGAUAGAGGCUUCAACAUCACAUCGUCCCGUUACAGUUCAAUCCCAAGUCCUAACGUUGGUCAAGCUACUGAUAUAAAGAUCAAUCGACUUAGUGAGGAGGAAGUGACGAAGAUCGUUGAAACCGAGGGCUAUAAGGAUAUCAAUAUUUACGAUACGAGUGUGCCUGCUGAGUUGAAGAAGGUGUUGGCUGGUCUACACAGCGAUGGGAGGGGCAGCGGCCUCGGUGAACUAGAGUUCAAAAGCACUAGACUGUCGCCCAAUGCUGCUGAGUUUGUCCCCGGUAAGCCCCUUGGAAGUAGUAGCACUCUGACCACAACACGCCAGCCGCAAUCUGUCUCUACCACUGCCAGUUUCACACAGGCAGCAACAAGCGGUUAUGACCGUGGUCAGUUUCAGGAACAGAACUUUUUGCAGGCUCUUUACGAGUAUGGCCUCAUAAAAUGA